UUUCUCGACCGGGUAUUUCAGACCGGCGUUAGUGUCAUACGCAAUUAAGUGUGGCUUGGUGAACAAGCACGGUUCAAUACGGAUAGAUUGACACGUGCCUGUGGUUGUGAUGGACUCAAUCAUGCAAUUCAUUGUUGUGAUGUUAAUGGGCGCCAUGCUAUGCUCGCGUGUUCAGCCCCAGCCAAUUGACGGAGAAAAAGGCCUGAUCUUUACUGCAAGGAAUACCAUGGGAACCAGUGCCGCUCUAUGGCACCUACCAAUGAUGCCUGCAUACGAGGACUUGCCGGAGACGGUGACGACAGUCCCGUUUAAUGAUCCGUACCUGCAGUUCUACAGCCUCGAUGUCGAUUAUAGAAAGAAGAUUGCUUACAUCUACGAGAAGCAUUACCGGGGGCUCCUGGCAGUUGCAAAUUACUCAGCAGACAUGGAUAAUAUAACAUCUGCAAACUCUUUUCACCUUGGCGUUUCAUCCGGCACUGUUCAGAUAGCCGUUGAUUGGCUGUCCCACACAAUUUACUGGACAGACUCCACUUACCGGUGGAUUGCUGCUGCCCCGGGGGCCAUUGAUCUUAUGAAAAAUGACAUCUACAAAAUAAUUGCUGAUACGAACCUGUACUACCCAGACGGCAUAGCGUUGGACCCUCUUGAAGGUUUUUUGUUUUGGACGGACAAUGGCCUUCAUCCAAAGAUCGAAAGGUCGGACAUGGCCGGAAGAGAUCGGAAGACGCUUAUCACAAACGGUCUGAUUUCACCGAUAUCCAUGGAAACGGACAUCAAGCACAAACGAAUCUAUUGGAUAGAUACACACACAGAAAACAUUGAAUCGUCGAAAUACGACGGUUCAGACAGGGUGACAUUAGCACGGAUAACAUUAUCAACGUUGUUUGAUAUCGCAAUUUUUAGGGACGUUCUAGCUGUAACAGACAUUUAUAACGGCAGAAUCAUGUUUUUGAACACCAGUAAUGGCGAAAAGGCCGCCUCGUCGAUUUAUAUUACAAACUAUAUGACGUACAAUAUAGCGACAUAUUUCAGCGAAAAUCAACCUUGGAGAGCUGAUGACCAAGAUCCAUGCCUCACUUUGAACUGCACACAUAUGUGCAUAACAACAAAAACAGGAGCUGAGUGUGUGUGCGCGGAAGGCUUCAUUUAUAACCAAUCGACCAAAUCCUGUGACGAGAACAGCAAAAUGUAUCACAGGGCCAUGGUUCUUGCUAAUGACACUUCCAUAUGCCUGGUCGAUAUUCGGGUGGCCGCUGACACUGUAUAUGACUGUUUCACCAUCUUUGAUUUUGGAACUACCUUGUUUCAGAACAAUUCUUUGCCGCCCACUGCAUCUCGAUCAAAAAUUGCUUACGUGGACGUAAACAUGGAGAAACGGGUACUGUACAUUGCUGACAGCAGCGGCCAUAUCUUCAGACGUCCGCUUGACCUUCCAAAGGAAAAUAACGCUAUUGAUCUUCUGACUACAGUUACUGGUGAAAUAACAGGACUAGCAUACGAUUGGACAGAUAACAAUUUAUACUGGUCUCAGUCCGAUGGAGCGAUAAACGUAAUCAACGUCGAUGAUAGUGCCACGAGACGUGUGUUGGCAAAUACGGGAAAUAUAAGAAACCUAGUUGUGAUGCCACACGUCAGGCGCCUAGGCUUUACCAUUGGUGGUACGAUCAAAUCGGUAGUAAUGGACGGCACUAACCUGACAACAGUAUUUGAAAGCAGUCCGAAUACAUCGAUAUCAGCAUUGGUCGUUGACUAUGACGAACAUAUGUUUUACUGGGUGUCGACAAACUCUACGGGUACUUUUAUGUACAAGAUGACGAUUUACGGCAAUGAAAGUAGGACGAUUCUUAAUAGCAACAUAGACUUGGGAACGUCUUUAUUAGCAGUUUAUAAGGGUUAUAUAAAGUGGAUGUACCCGAAUCUUACAAACUCGUCGCAGAUUUACUACAAAUCAGUUUCGAAACUUUCACCCACGACAGCAACUCAUGGAUACUUUAAUCUGCAUGCCGUUGCAAUGAAGAUGUUGGACUCAAGCAUUCAGAAUAUAGAAACAGAUAAAUGUGCUUACCUUAAUGGUGGAUGUGAACAGAUAUGCAUUACCUACCACACGGAUGAAAACACGUUCGAGAAAAAAUGUGAAUGCUCCACUGGAUACACUACAGUGAAUACAAGUUGCAGUGCGAAGACGCUUUCUUCUGUGGACUUUGCACUUGUCUACGAUACCACGUACAACAAGGUCAUGCAGAUUGACUUGAGGACGAAUGAGCAGGCUGUGAUCCCUUUGAACGAUGUCCCAUAUGUAUAUGGACUCUUCUACGAUAUUGACACAAAACGGAUCAUUUGGUCUGAGCGUGAAAACUCAAUUGUUUAUAGUGCUAACUUGAAUGGAACUGGGGUCAAGGAAGUCGGAAAAACAGGCAAUAGCGUUGCUAGACGGUUUUCAAAAGACGAAACAACGGGCAAUAUUUAUUACACAUCAAUUGACGAUUCAUUUGACCACCAUGUGGGGGUUAUAACUCCAUUUGGAGACGCAAUAACCCUUGUGGAUAAUUUUGGUCUUGAAACAAUUGGAUCAAUUGCAAUUCAUCCGGAAAUAGGAAAAAUGUACUACUCGGUGAGUGCCUAUCCCAACUCUUACAUAGCAGAGGCUAACAUGGAUGGAUCUGACGUUCGGAAGUUUAUAACAGAUGUGGACACACCAGACGGGCUUGCUAUAGAUUACAUAAACAAUUACAUUUACUGGGGUGACUUGUAUGAGAAUACAAUACGGCGCUGCAACUUAAAUGGCACAAAUUGCAUGACGAUACUUAAUGAGACGUCAUCCGACACUGUCAUCAUUCGCGACAUCGUGGUCGAAGGCGACCUAAUUUACUAUACGGACUAUUCUAAGGAAGCUGUUGUUGCCUACAACAUGACAGACAAAACAUCGCAGUCAUACGGGACGGAUCUCGGUCGACUAUCCGAUCUCUGGGUAUACAAAAGCAACACGGUUAACAAACAGCCAGUGAACAAAGCGUGUCAAUCUAAUAAUGGUCGCGGUGACUGCAGUGCAGUUUGCCUUCCCAAGGGUAGUACAGACAGGACGUGCAAAUGCAACACAGGAGAAAAUCUGCAGGAGGAUGGGCGCACGUGUAGCAAUAUUUUCAAAUGCGAAUCGUUCAUACGACAGCCGGAUGCUACAGUAGUGACCAUCAGUUCAACCUGCACAAAGCGUUUGAACGAAAUGUGCGCUAUCCAAUGUCCGAGUGGUUACAUCAUCAAGAACGCCAAUUUGUCGAUGGUCACGUGUCUGAUCGAUGGUUGGGACAGACAGGCGGAAAUACUUUGUGUGAAUCCAGCUUCAACAUGUACGAUCCGUUCCGACAGCAUCGCAAAUGGCGAUAUCAGGCCACGUUGUAUGUUCACGGUGGGGGGAUCAUGCGAGUACGGGUGCCAUGAGGGGUACUCACAAAUUACAAGUAUGGUGACGUGUGGAAACGACGGUCUUUGGUAUCCUAGACCUGCUUGCCGGGCAACAACAAUAUGUAUGACAAACGCAAACGCCAUCCCUAAUGGUUCCCUCUACACAAACUGCGUUAACCCGGUGACUGGCUCCACGUGUGGUUUCAGUUGUCAGCCGGGAUUCACGCAACUAAUGGCGACGGUCACUUGUGUCAACGAUAGCAGCUGGUUUCCCGCACACCCAUGCCAAGAAAUCAAAUGUCCCCCUAUUAUCAACAACGGUUUCAUCCUACAAGACAAAUGUUCGUUUAAAGUCGGGAUUGUGUGCGAAUAUUUUUGCGGUGGUGUUAGCACAUAUGAGAAAAACAAAUCGAUUUCUAAUUUGACAUGCUUGGCCACUGGAGCUUGGAACCAAACGUCAGGAUUAUGCGUCGAGAUUCCAGGUGAUACAGGGUCCCAGGAGGCCUCAGCCGGUGGGUUCGCGCGGACACAGAUUGAAAUGGGAGUUGGCAUAGCCGUCGCGUUGGUAGUCGUCAUAGCUGGAGCCGUUCUAUUGUUUAUAUUUAUAAAGAGACGAAGAUCAACAGAGGUUCCGUACUCUAACGCAACAUUCAAUACAGGCAAUGAGACCAUAGCGAUUGAAAACCCUGGCUACAUGACCACAUCGGGCGCUAGAAUGAACAGUCAUGACUUAGAUACUACACAGACGGAUCACGUAAUUUUCGAUCCUUUGCCGACAGUUCCGGUGAAGAAAGACGAUGACGGGUUUGUGAACCCUCUAUAUGGCGCCAACGCCCAACCAGGCGCCGACAGAAGUCAGCAAGCAAAGAAUGGAGAACCUUUGUAUACAAGCUCUCAAAUUGUUUUAAACAAUAACAAGCCAACAUAGGCUUGUGCCACAGAACAUGUUGUUUUUAUUGUUUUACAGUGUUUAUACGAUGUAUGUUGGGCUUUAAAUUUAAAUAUUAUUGUCUACUGUAGCUUAUAAAUCAUUAUUAUCUUAUAACCUGCAAUCGCAACAAUCAUUUUUUUGCAUAAUACUGUUUUUAAAUCAUGUAUAUAAUGUUGUGACUGUGGUAUGUUUUUAUAAAGUUGUAUGUUAACACAAAUACCACAAGAUAAGUGUAGUGUAGGAUCAAACAACGUUUAAUUUAUCUACCGACAAGUCAUUCCUACUGCCAAUGGUUAUUGUAUGCAUUUUGAUAACAACCAAGGCAAAUAUAUACAACGAAUCAACAUAAUAAACGAAUCCGUACGAUUACACAUCAAUAACUAAAAAUAGUUAUCCUAUAGUAAAUGUUUCCUUUUUUAAAUCUGUAGAAUUACCCCAAGUUCGUCACAUGGUGAUUAUUGCGAGAAAAUAUUGUGUGUUCAAUAUAAAAUAUGAAGAAAUGCAACUUUACAUAGAGGAAACAAAGGAACAACCCAAUCGUCGUGAUAUUAUUAUGCUUGUGGAGUAUAGGUUGUUAUCAUUAAUUAAGGUAUCAUCUACGUAUUGCCAUAUAUUGAUCUCUUGUGGCAUUAAUCUCAACAACGCUUUAUGAAGUUGCACAAAUAAGACGAAAAUAAAGUUUGGGAAUGCGAGGGCUUUAUAUUUAUCGAAUUGUAUCCAUAUUGAAAAAGCUGUGUUUUAAAGUUUGUAUUACUUUCAAAAUUGUUAUUGUAUAUUUUAAGCUCAAGCGAAACCCAUUUCUGUGUUAUA